GCCGUCGCCCGUCUCCUGCCACUUUCUCUUUCGCGUCUCUCCUCUCUGCGCUCGAUGGCUUCGUUUGAUACAUCCCUGCGGAUCGCAUGAGUUAGGGCAGCUCUCUCUCUCUCUCCCUUUUCCUCUCCUCCUCUUCUCGCCAACUUUCCACCCACGCCGCCUCCAUCCUCUCCCGCCCGCGCAUUUUACCGCCAUUCGCUGAUAUACCGAGUAGAGUCUCGCGCAUAGGAGCACAGUUCCUAAGGUAUAAGUAGCGAGCACAAUAGCAGUAGCCAGCAGUCAGCACCCACUUGUUGGUUGGAUGACGACACCGUGGUGGCAGCUCGUGGCGGUCGCGCUUGUGACGAUCAACUCAACGACGACGACCACUACCACUACUACUGUCUGUGCGAUCGCCCGAGCUCCAGUGGACAGUCGGGGCCGACGCACGUUAAUUAGCGCGACGGCUAAUUGACGAGGUGAGCGCCAACGUCGGACACCGGCCACAGCUACGACCUCUUACAAACGCCGGAUUGCAACCCGGUGAGUCUCCGACGGCCUCUUCAUUUCUUUCUUCUUUUUCUCUUUUCUCUCUCUCUCUCUCUCUCUUUCCUUCCCUCCCUUUUUCUCUCUUUCUCUUCCUACCGCUUCUCCCUCGAAUCGUAAUCCAACGACUCCUUUUCUCGACACACAUGCGGCGUGUACGCGUUAAUGAUACUGUGCGGUGUUAAGUGUGCAAAUAGGUGCGAAUUUUCCGUUCCGCUCCGCAAUCCGUCACGAAUCCCGGGUUUUUAAAUUUUGCCUUUUUAAAUUUCUUCUCCCCUACUUCCGUCACAUACCGUGUCCCUUUUCUUGUUUAAUUAACGCUCCCGAGAGAUACGUACUUCCGCGUCAGCUUUGACUGCGCUCAAGUUCUCGUCUAAAUUUAGAAAAUACCGUAAACACAUAUCGCGCGUUAUAUCUGGACAUAUGGGAUAUCGCUUCCUGUUGCUUUCGUUCAGAGCAACGUUGCCGAUACGUUAUCGAUAAACGAGGCACACAAGUUCGUAGCGACGGCGUGCGUUGCCAUGUGAACGUCGAAUCAUUCUACCUCGUCGAUUUCAGCACACGUAUCCGAUGAAGGAGGCUCGCUUUCGGAGGGAGAUUGUACGCUGUGCGUAGCCUAAUUUAUGCACGCGGCCUAAUCGAGCAUGCGAUAAACUAUCUAAUUACGUGGCUUGCGCGAGCCCCGGUGGUGAGGCCCGAAGUCGCGCGAAGAAACCGCACGAGCCUGGCUCUCUGGUUCCGUUAUUAAUAAUGGAAUAACGUGUGCGCGCGCGGUUUACGCAUCGUUGACGAUGUCACGCACGUCAUCAUCGAUUGAUCAGCAACGCCGACGUAACGCAGCCUCGCCGGUUCGAUUGAUUGCGCUUUCUUUCCUUCUUUCUUUCUUUCCCUCUUCGCAUGCAGGCGGUUUGUCCGUCUCUGCUCGUUCGCCCGCCCGCUCGAGCGAGGAAAAUAGAUCGCUUGCGAAGGCGUACCGCCGGCGUGAAAUCUCGUCAACCGCACCGGUUUCCGUUUUAAUAUACAUCUGACUCUUUGUCUUUCUUCUCUCUCUCUCUCUCUCUCUCUUUCUCCCUCCUCUUCUCCCAUCGUGUGCUAAAGCAGGUACUGCAUUUUCCAACGACUUUGUUCCUUUUUUUAACGCCGCACGCGCGCGCGCCCGCGUGCGCGCACACACGCCGCCGCUAAUAAGACAAGUAUAAAAGACUUAGAGCCGCGAGCCGUAUGCACCAUGGAAAUAUCGAUUCUGUUGCAAAUAUAGUCACUUUCGUCGAGGGUUCCUUUGUUCCCUUUACCGCGGUGAACCGUACGCGAUCCGCGCGCGCGAUGAACAAUGGCACCAGAUAGCAAGACGGCGGCGGCGGAUUUAUUGAAUUUUCCGCGGAAACUCCCGCGAACUCCGUCUGUAAAUUUACGCGUUCGCCUGGCGCACGGUGUUCGAUCGGCCGUGCACGACGAACGCGCGACGAAGGUAGAGUUUGAUUCCGCGCGUGCUGUCUCGGACAUUUUCAGACACGGCGAGAUCCCUCGGCGACGCCCAAUCACCUCGCAUCGGACGUUGAAAGAUCUAAAUGCAGAGUAAGUCUCAGCGAAAUGGCCUGGUCACGCGGCAGAUGGGUUUGCCCGGAUGAUCGGCAGCUCAAGUUUCGGGCUAGGUUGAACAAAGGAUGGUCCCAAAAAACGAAAUCCUUCGAAUGCCUGUGGCCUCAUUAUUCGAACACUACCGUCACUCGUGGCACCCAACAGCCUUACUUGCUCACCGAAAACGAACGACAAAUGAUUAUUCAGGUGAUACAGCGGGACGAGGCUCUGGACUUGUCGGAACAGAAGCGAGUCGGCAGGCUCGUCGAAAGACUGAAGAAUGUGAAGCAGAACGUGUUGUCGGCCACGUCUAGGCAGAGAAGCGGCUGUGGAAUACGGUGCCGUGUCAACGGCCGUUGCGUUUGUUCCUGCGGCCUCUGCGGCGAUAGAUUUGGCACGGUACUGGGGGCAAGCGGAAACCUCUGCAAGGACUGUCGAAAGUACGUAUGCCAAAAGUGCGGCAUCGAAAUCACGAAGCCUAAUCCGUUGGAAGGAAGUGACAGCGCCGACGGAGAGGGAAGCAAAGUGCCCAUGCGAGGCUCCUUCAGGUUCCUCCAGGAACAGGCGAUGGUGUUCCGGCAACGUAUCAUUCAGUGGUCCCACGGCAACGCGCACAGGAAAUACCUCUGCCUGAUCUGCGCGGAGACCAGGGAGAUCUGGAUGAGGAGCGGCGGCUGGUUUUUCAAGAGUAUGCCCAAGUUUAUCCCGCCGAAGAAGAAGGAGCGUGGAUGGACGUCGACGUGGGCGAUAGGCCGUCAGAACAAGUCCUCGGAAUCGACCGAUCAGCAGGAUUCCUCGUCGGACGAUGAAACGGGAGGAGGGCUCUCGAUGGCACGUGGCCGUCCCAUCUCGCCCACAAACCUGCCGUGCAAUCGCACCCCCAUCAAGUCAACAAUCUCCAGCCCCGUGCCAAGCAGCAUCUCGUCGCCGAGCACUCCCCGAGGCAAGCCAAGCGGCUCGUCGCCUUUGGGGCACCGCGAGAACGGUCCGGACAGGCUGAGCAAGCCCUGCCUGUCCCAAGGUGGUCAACUGUCCCCCACGGGCUCAAAAGGCACCCUUCGCUCGACCGCGAGCGGCAGAAGUCCACUUCAGCAGCGCGUGUCCUUCGUGGACGACGAGAAGGAUAACGAAGCUGAAGUCGACCUCCAGGAAGAGGCAGUCGAGGAGGCGAGUAAGAACGUACCCGUCCACCUAAAUCGAUCCAAAGGCCCUAAGGUACAAUCUCUGAGAAUAAGAACGCCAACGGCGACGACGUCGGUAGAGCAGUCUCGAGAAACCGAUUGGCACUUAGAGGUGAACGCGGAGCGGGACGCGAGCAAGCCCUGCCAAGAUCAGGAUAGUUCGUCCAGCGAUACUCACAGGAACAGCCAAGUCGUGUCGCCGAAGAUCCAGACACCGGAAUACCCACAAGAAAAAAAAACUCAAAUUCCCGUACCGAAGACAGAAACAGGACAAGACUACGGAACCCUAGAGGUCUUCCUGCGAUAUGACCCAGCGGAUCAGUGCCUCCGCUGCAGGGUGGAGUGUGCAAACGGCCUGAUACCUAUGGACAUCGAGGGCCUCGCCGACCCUUUCUGCAAGCUGAACAUACUGCCCGUCAAGAAGGCAACGAUGAGCAAACUGGUGCGAACGAGAGCGGUGCACCGCACGCUCAACCCCGAGUUCCACCAAACGGUGAACUUCAACCGCACGACGGAAGCAGAUAUCGCCAGCAAAGCGUUGCACGUCUUAAUCAGCCAGGAGGAUCCAUUUGGCGAAGACUUUCUGGGCGAAGCGAGGUUCCCCCUGCACGAACUGCGGCCGUACGAAACAAGGCACUACAAAGUUUCUUUGCAGCAACACUACCAAGUAGACAACGAAGAGGACACCUGGGGCAUGUGUCUAAGUUGCCGUGGGGUGAUCCAGGUGAGCCUCAACUACUGCACGCGCCGGAGAGCGUUGUUGGUCACGGUGCACCGUGUCGCAAAUCUCCUCCCCAUGGGCAAAGACGAGCUUUCCGAUCCGUUUGUCAAACUGGCUCUCGUCGAGAAUGCGAACGAUAAACUUCGGCAGCAACUUUCAGACUCCUCGACUGCGCGUGCCACUGUCAAGAGGGUAAGCGGGAAAAAGAAGGUCGAGCGCAGCCCGCAGUGCACGAGCAUCAAACGAAAGACAAUGAAUCCAGAAUGGAACGAAGAGUUCUCUUUCGUGACUGCCUCGACGGAGCUGACGAGGUUGACGCUGUGCCUCUCCGUCUGGGACAAAGUCUUCCUUAAGAGGAACAAUUAUAUGGGCGGCUUGAUGCUGGGUUGCGGCAGCAAGGGUGCUCGUUUGCAGCACUGGAUCGAUACCAUCAAUACUCCGGAUCAUCGUCAUCUAGCGUGGCACAACUUGGCGAAGAUCAACGUGCCAAUGGAAUAAUAAUACGGUCGCAUGCGGGAAACAAAACUGAACGACACGCGCGGGACACCACGGACUUGAUCGAUGCUCGUUUAGGUGGCGAAUUAUGAAUCGUUCUCAGGGAUAAGGGGCACUUCGGCGACAGUAUUAUGCAACUUUUAUACCACUUGUGUUAUGGAAGUUUUUUGAUUAAUUACAGUCCAGAAAUCUUACCUAUCGGGAUCAAAACACUUACUUUUGCUGCCAAGGGUAUGUUAAACCCGUGAGUUUCAGCUUCGCUAAGCGACUGGAUGGAUGAUGUAAAUUUUCUACAAUAGAAUACGUGCCAAAAUACGUAAUGCUAGAGGUGAUUUUAAAGAAAAAACAUGAUAUCAGCGCCGAUUAUCGGUCCCUCGGAGUUCUUAUAUUUGAACAGCUUACACCUUUUUUUAUCUCUGCCCCGAGAUCUUAUAAAAACAUAACAUUAUCUUGAAAAAAAUCAACGUUAUAGAUCUUCAUAGAUCCAUCUUGCAGGUUUUUAAUGCAAAGUGUAUAUCGAUAUUGAAUAAAGUUUUAUUAAUAGCAA